AUGACCUUUGCCAUUGAAGAAAUAAACAAGGAUGAAGCUCUUUUGCCGAACCUCACUCUCGGCUACCGAAUUCUUGACAAUUGCUUGAAUCUACAAAUGUCUCUGAGGGCAGCACUGAAGCACAUUGGUGGUUUGGAAGAUUCUGCAUCUGAUUACUCCUGCCAAGGUCUCCCACCUGUUGUUGCGAUAAUUGGAGACCCCGUAUCCUCACAUUCAGUUGCUAUAUCAAGGGUUCUGGGGUUGUUUGGAAUUCCUUUGGUGAGUUAUAGUGCUUCAUGCUCAUGCUUGAGCAGCAAAAAAGAAUACCCAUCAUUCUUUCGGACAAUACCAAGUGAUAUCUUUCAGGUCAAAGUGAUGGUUGAGAUUAUCAAGCAUUUCGGAUGGACCUGGGUGGGGGCCGUGGGAAGUGAUGAUGAUUAUGGCCGGUAUGCCCUCUUGAGCUUUAACGAAGAGGUCAAUAAAUUUGGAUGUAUUGCUUUCUCAAGCACUUUCACUGCCAAUGAAAGAGAAAAAAUGUUACAGAUCAUCCACAUCCUAAAACAAUCUACAGCUAAAGUCAUUGUUUUGUUUAUGCUAAAAUCAGAAGCAACUCUGUUCUUAAAUGAAAUUGUUUCCCAAAACAUUACUGGAAAACAAUGGAUAGGAAGUGAUUCUUUAAGUGGUUUUCCAGGUUUUGCCAAAAAUGAGAACUUCAUGUUUUUUGGUGGAACAAUAGGAAUCAAUGCAAAAAGAGGGCUGAUUCCAGGGUUUGAGAAUCACCUUCUUCAGAUUCAACCCAGUAUGGAUGGCAAUAAUAACCUUUUAAACCAAUUCUGGGAGACAAUGUUUGGAUGCACGUUUACAAAUAAUAAUACCAUGUAUUCAUCGGCCAAGUUGUGUACAGGAAAGGAAGACAUUCUGAACACAAAAACUGCAUACAGUGACGUAUCAGAACUAAGAACAACAUAUAAUGCCUACAAAGCAGUGUAUGCCUUAGCCUAUGCUCUUCAUAAUUUAAUAUUUUGUGAAAGUGGUAAAGGACCAUUUGAAAAUAAUGCUUGUGCAGACAUCAAAAAGUUGCAACCUUGGCAGCUUCUGCACUACCUGAAGACGGCCAGCUUUGUGACUAAAUCUGGAGACAGAGUGGCAUUUGAUAAGAAUGGAGAUGUUCUACCAAUGUAUGACAUUUUGAACUGGCAGCGUGCUGAUGAUGGUAGUGUUGUUACUAAAGUGGUUGGUGUGUUUGAUGGAUCCUCCACAAUAGGGAAUGAACUUGCACUUAAUGAAGAUAUGAUGUUUUGGAAUUUUAAUCAUGGAAAGGUGCCCGAGUCAGUCUGCAGUAGAAGUUGCCCACCUGGAACAAGAAAGGCGACCCGUAAAGGAGAACCAAUUUGCUGUUUUGACUGCCUUCCCUGUGCAGAUGGUGAAAUCAGCAGUCAAGUAGAUUCAGUUCAGUGCCUUACAUGUUCUUCUGAGUUCUGGUCAAACUAUGGAAGAAACGAGUGUGUGCCAAGAGAAACUGAAUUUCUGUCAUUUGAAGAAGCAAUGGGAAUAACAUUAACAACAACAGCUUUGCUUGGAGCCUCCAUUUCAGUUGCCGUUUUUGCAAUUUUCCUCUGUUUUCGGAAUACCCCAGUUGUAAAAGCCAACAAUUCCGAACUGAGUUUUCUUCUGCUACUCUCUUUAACCUUGUGUUUCCUUUGUUCAUUGUGUUUCAUCGGAAAACCCACUGAUGUAACCUGCAUGCUGAGACAUGUAAUAUUCGGGAUCAGUUUCGUUUUGUGUAUUUCUUGCAUUCUGGUCAAAACUAUUGUAGUAAUAAUGGCAUUUAAGGCUACCCUUCCAGGUAAUAACAUAAUGAAAUGGUUUGGAGUUGCACAGCAAAGAAGCACAGUCUUACUUUUCACACUGUUUCAGUCUCUAAUUUGCUUAAUAUGGCUGAUUACAGCGCCACCAGCCCCUUCCAAAAAUACAAAAUAUCAAAAUUUGAAAAUUAUAUUGGAAUGUGAUGUUGGGUCAGUUGUAGGUUUUGCUUGUCUUCUUGGAUACAUUGGGUUUUUAGCCUGUCUCUGCUUCCUGUUAGCUUUCCUGGCCAGAAAUUUGCCAGAUACGUUUAAUGAAGCCAAAUUCAUUACAUUCAGCAUGCUGAUCUUCUGUGCUGUGUGGAUCACAUUCAUACCUGCUUAUAUCAGCUCUCCUGGAAAAUACACAGUAGCUGUAGAGGUGUUUGCUAUUCUGGCCUCAAGCUUUGGCCUCCUGGUUGCAAUAUUUGCCCCAAAAUGCUACAUUAUUUUGUUUAAACCUGAAAAGAAUGCAAAAAAGGCCAUGUUGGGAAGAUCAGCAAAGUAA